AUAUAACCUUAUUCCCUACAGAGCGUCCCAUAUCAUAAAGUGGAUUAUCUCCAAGAUGAUGUUGUUUAAUAUACAACACGAGAAAUAAAGUUGAAAAAGUUUGAGAUGAAGGGAGAAAUUAUUCCAGUAGCUUCUUCCCUCCCCAAUACUACUCAACAGAAAAAGAAGAGAUCUUGUAGAAGCAAGGUAAAGUGCUGCAAGUGUUCUGGAUGUAAAGAAAAUCCUAAGAGAAAAUACACCAAGUCAUCAUCAGUCAAGUGUUUCAUUUGUGAAAGAAAUUUCAGCAACAAGUACAAUCUUAGUCAACACCAUGAAACAUCCAAGGGAAAAUGUAAGCCGAAGUCUUACUGGGUAACAUGUCUUCACUGUCGAAGUUUUUUCAGCAAUGUGGCAGAAGUUAUGAAGCAUACAAGACAGAUACGGUUAAAAGAAGCUAGGUUACAUGUAUACAUGCCGGCAUUGCACAAAGCUCAAGAGAAAUGAAGCUUCUACGGGUCUCCACGAGCUAGGACUAGGACAGAAUGAAGAAAUAUUUUCCGUUAAGGAAAGUAUUCUUCCUGGUUCUACUGUAGAAGAUACUUGUACAGUUUAUGUACAGGGAGCAGGUUCUACUGUAGAAGAUACUUGUACAGUUUAUGUACAGGGAGCAGGUUCUUCUGUAGAAGAUACUUGUACAGUUUAUGUACAGGGAGCAGGUUCUACUGUAGAAGAUACUUGUACAGUUUAUGUACAGGAAGAGAUCAUUAAAAGAGAAAGAACAGAUGAUCAAGAAAGAAUGGCAGAGAAUAUGGAAGAAGUGAAAGUAAUAAUUAAGGGAGAAAAGUCUUCUGUAGAGGAUAAAUGUACUGUAUUUGUACAGGAAGAAAAGUCUACUGUAGAGGAUAAAUGUACUGUAUUUUUAGAGGAAGAAAAGUCUACUGUACAGGAUAAAUGUACUAUAUUUGUACAGGAUGGAAAGUCUACUGUAGAGGAUAAAUGUACUGUAUUUGUACAGGAAGAAAAGUCUACUGUACAGGAUAAAUGGACUAUAUUUGUACAGGAUGAAAAGUCUACUGUACAGGAUAAAUGUACUGUAAUUGUACAGGAUGAAUGUGUAAAAGAAGAAUGCACAAAAAUUCCAGAUGAAAGCAGUAUAAACGAAGAAGAUCCUCUUUUUAUUAAACCAAAAAGAUUCAAGAAAAUUAAUCAUAAAGAAGUAAGCUACACCUGUGGUGAAUGUGAUUAUGUAGCAAACCAAGGUAGUAAUCUAAAAAAACAUGUGGAGACUAAACAUGAGGGAGUAAGAUAUCCUUGUGGUGAUUGUGAUUAUGUGGCAACCUUAGCUCAAAACCUCAAAAGGCAUAUUAGCUAUAAACAUGGAGGAGUGAAAAUGAGAUAUCCAUGUGAUCAUUGUAAAUACGCUUCUACUGAUAAAGGAAAUCUUACGAAACAUAUAAAAAAUAAACACAAAGGAGUUAGAUAUCCCUGUGACCAGUGUGAAUACGCUGCUAUUGAAGCAGAUAGUCUGAGGAAACAUAUUGCAAAUAAGCACGAAGGAGUAAGAUAUCCCUGUGAUCAGUGCAAAUUCACGGCUACUUCAGCUGGUCUUUUAAAGAGACAUAUUGAAAAUAAACACAACGGGGUCAGAUAUACCUGUGAGCAGUGUAAUUACUAUGCAAAUACAAAAGGUGCUCUGAAAAAACAUAUUAAAAAUAAACAUGAAGGUGUGAGGUACCCUUGUGACCAGUGUGAGCAUGUUGCCACUGCAACAGGACAUCUGAAUAAACAUAUUGAAAGUGUGCAUUUAGGAGUGAGAUAUCCCUGUAAUCAAUGUGAUUAUACUGCUAAAUAUAUGUGUAAUCUAAAGAAACAUAUUGAAUAUAAACAUGGAGAAGUGAUGUAUCCUUGUAACCAGUGUGAAUUUGAUGCUUCUACAGCAGGUGAUCUAAAGAAACAUGUUGAAUAUAAACAUGAAGGAGUAAGAUAUCCCUGUAACCAAUGUGAAUACGUUGCUACUGCAGUAAUUAAUCUGAGAAACCAUAUUAAUAACAAACAUAAAGGAUUGCGAUAUCUUUGUGAUAAGUGUGAAUACGCUGCAACUACAACAUGUCAUCUAAAAAGACAUGUUAAAUAUAAGCAUGAAGGAGUAAGAUAUCCCUGUAACCAGUGUAAAUAUGUUGGUACUACAGCUGGUAGUCUGAAAAUACAUAUUAAAAAUAAACAUGAAAGAGUGAGAUAUCCCUGUGGCCAGUGUGAAUACGCCGCGACUCAGAAAGGUGAUCUAAAGAAGCAUGUUGAAUUUAAGCAUGAAGGAGUAAGAUAUCCCUGUAACCAAUGUGAAUAUGUUGCUACCACAGAUAGUAGUCUAAAAAGACACAAAACAAGAAAGCAUAUGAAUUAGAAUAUCAUGUUGAUUUAUUAUAGUUAUGGAAUGAACAAUGAACAUGAUACGUGAACACAUGUAGAAUUUUAGGCAUGUAAUCCAUUAAUCCAUGACUGAAACUUUUAUAUGCAUCAAACUAUUAAACUAGGAUCUUAUAUUUUAACUAUUAAUUGUUCCUAAAUCUUUCAGGAUUUUCUCUUAAAAAAACAAUAAUAAAAAUUUUUGCGAAUUAAUCAUUUUUUUAGUGGAUUUUUCAAAUUUUACGAAAAUCUAAAAUUUUGGAGAUAAUUUGUUUGUAAUUCCUAGCAUCCAAAAACCUUCCCUGAGGUCCCACAAAAAAUUUGGACCCGCUCGGUUCAGUUUAUUUGUUUCAAACAAACAGACAAGCAAAGUAUAUGUACUAUUAUAAAUAGAUGUUAGCUUCAAAAAUUAUUCGUAUUAUUUGGUUUUAACAAAUAUCUUUCUGUAGUUCUGAUGUUCUGUUCGAGUGAAAAUCACAUGUUUAAUUUUUUACAUUUCAGA